AUGGGAUUUGGGAACAGCUCGGGGAGGGGAGCAGACCCCUCCUCCUCCCUCCGAGAGCACCGCCACCUACCUCGGCAUCCCCCAACACACUCAAAGCCCUUUCCUCCUCCUCCUCUUCCGCCUCGGAAAGUUAGCGAGGCUCCGGCAGGGGCAGCAGGUCGUGGUGGCUGGACGGCGGCAGCCGCCUCUGGGUGGCCCUCCCAGCCUGCGUCCCGCUCAGCGGACACCUCAGUGGCGGCAACGGCAGCCGCCGCUCCUCUGGCUCCGUGCUCUCCGCCCCCUCUUUCCCGUCAGCUCAGCCCGGCCGGUUCCCCUCCGAGGGAACUCUUGUCCCUCUGCCUCUCUUUCCCCCUUCCACCACUCCUGCACUCCAGAAACGCUUCUCGCUCUGUGGCGCCUUUUCAUCAUAUCCGGAUCAGAGAGGCCUCGAACUCUUGGCUCUCUGCCCCGAGGCUGGGGGCGGUGCGACCCGGGCUCGGCCUCCCGGUGCCUCGCGCGGGCUCUGUCUGGGUCAGGAGGCCAAAGCUCGACAGGGCUGGCGCUGGGCGGGGUGGGGUGGGAGUGUCCUCCCGGGGGAAGGAGGCAGUUGGCUAUUCCCUGGCUGCCCGAGUGCCCCCCACUCAGAGAGUCACCCCAUCCCUCUCCCCACCCCUGCCCCAGACCCACUGA